AUGCGGCAGCAAGCAUCGAUCCCUGAUCGACAUCACCCAUUUGUUUGCGCCAAACUCGAAGUAUGGAGCGGAUGUCGACAUCGCCGGGGAACCUACGAGGCACAUAUCACGGGUCUGCCAUCGAAGGACGGGCUUCGAGCUAUGAAGGCUGAAGAAAAGAAAGAAGCAAGAGGGGAACCGCCGGGCUACCUGAAAUGGAUGUGCAUCACUUCAUCCAUCACCGGGGACUUCCCCCUAACCGACAUGUUGCAUGGCCAUCCCAAGUUUCGUUGGUUCGCUUUCCCUACCUGCAUGAUUUUCUUCAGGUUCUUCGUGUGUGGCAUUCUCGGCUUCUACUGGGUUGCUUCAAUGGGAUAUGCCCCGGCGCAAAUCAUUGAAGGCCCCUUAAUGAAACAUGGAAAUCGGAGUGACAUAAAUAAUCCCCGAGAAAUCGAAUCAAUGACACAUCUCAUGGUACAGCGAUCCAAGACGGCCUUGAUGGUUCUCUACACCGUCAUGGGGAGUUUCUCCGCUCUCGCUCACGGUACAGUCAUUUCCAACUUUCUCAAAGGCAAGAGCAUCCAGGUCGUCUUCGAGGAAAGCCGCAAGAUUCUGGUCGACGCAGGAUUGGAUUUGAACUCAAAGAAGAUUUGGUUGGGUUAUUUCCUUCCGUUGUUCGCCUCGGUUUUCGCCGCAUCUACGAUAUACGUCCUUUUCAUACUGGCUGGGUACAGUAGUACUUUCGUGACGAUUACCGUUAUAGCCGGGUUGUAUCAGAUUCAUUCUAUCGUCUUUCCGCCUUUUCUCUGCCUCUACUUCUGCUCUGUGGUCGCCGAGGCAUAUCGCUCGUUGACGGCUGCCAUCUCUGACCCUCGAGUCACCCAAAAGGAUGUCGACGUGAAUCUAUGGGACAAGAGGCUGAAGGAGUUCGUCGGACUCCUCAGUUCCGCACUAGGAAUUCAAGCCCUUUUUGCUCUCGUCGCUACCAUCAUCUCGACCACCGCCAGUCUUUUCAUGGUUCUCAUCGAAAUGGAUUUCAAACAGAGCGGUCUGGAGAUCGCACUCUCUCUUUCCCCUUUCUUCUACACCACUCUCACCAGCUGGUCUUCUACGGCCGUUUUCCUUCGGGCCGCUCAUCAGAUCAGGAAGGAAGAGACAUUUCACAUGAAGAAGAUUCUUCAGUCGGACGGGACCAUACUCACUGGAUCCGGCUUCGUUCGUCUGGGAUAUCCUAUUUACUAUGAUAUGAUUCGCCAGAUCAUGAUGUACACCAUCAUCUUCCUGCAGUUCAAGUCCACUGAAACUACAGUGAAACAUUAA